UUUCUCUUGCAGGAUGGCAGAGCUUAUUUGGAGGGCCAUGAGAGACCAGGUUUUUGCUGAGAAGAUGGGUUUAGAGACGGGCUGGAACUGCCACAUCUCUCUGACCCCAAACGGAGACCGUCCCUGUGAUGGAGCUCCAUCCAGCCCCAGUCACGGUUCUCUGCACGAAGACCUGAACCAAGCAUCGCUCUGGACCCUCUGUACCCGUCUCAAUGUUCGUGGGAGACGUUUGGCUAUGCCACCGGAGGAGGCUUCAACGGAGACGCUGAGGGUUCUGUCUCCUCUGAGGCUCUCAGGACAGCUCAACAGUCUGGGCUGCUCUGUCAUCUUCCACCAAGGAGAGAGCGUCAGCAUGGUCAAGCUCAUAGAGCAGGCGCGACACACGACCUAUGGCAUCCGCAAAUGCUUCCUCUUCCUUCUGCAGUGUCAGCUCAGUCUGGUCAUCAUCCAGUUCUUAGCCUGUCUGGCUCACUGCCCACUUCUAAGGUACACACAUAAUAAAACACUGUGA